AUGAUGGCUUACAUCCAAAUAUUGGCGAUCGUGCUGUGCUCUUGCUUCAUACAGGACUCGUUUUCAGUGGUAAGAGUCCGCAAAGCGACAUCGGCAGCUCCGGUCAAUGGCGAGGCAGCCUUGCAGUUGGCGGGCGCUGAUGACCAGGGGGCUGCGAUGACUCCGGUGAGGAGGACCAAGACGGUGACCAGGGUUGUGGCCCCAUCACCACCAGCCAAGUACCCGCACCUGUCAGCCGUGAAGGGCAUGUUCUGGAACGCGUUUGAGAACAUCAACCGGGCCAACGAGUACGGCAAGCUAAACUGUAGGGCGGCGAGGAACAUGUUGAGUAACGUGCUCAUCAACAAACUGUUCUGGACGUCAGUGAUUGGAGCCCUCAAGAGGCGGGUCAAGGUGACUAAUGACAGUAAACGGGCCGUCGGCCAUAUCCGGAUGUGCAACGCGCUCACCACCGCCAUCACCAGUCCGAAUGCCAUGCAGGGCUUCCAGGAUGUGGCCAACGAGGUUUACGGCACCGUGUCCCGCAUCCAGUCGGACGUGGGCAAGGACGCCCUGCGGCUGGUCACCGAAAUGGUCAAGGGUGGCGAGGUGAACAGAGGCCUGGACACGAUCACUAGCAUCGUGAACAAAAUCAAUUUCAACCCUAGGAUGUUGGUCAAGGGAUUUGCCAUGCUCCGCAAAACGCUCAACCUUGGCGGCGCAAUGCAAAUGGGCGGUGGUCUGACCAGGGGCAUCAUGUCGCUUACGUCCAAGUUCAACAAGUAG